CUGAGGGAGUUCGAAAUAUGAAACCAGUUCUGUGGGCUUUCAUGCCUCAUAGUAAAGCCGGAAACUCGCAUUCCAGCUGAAAGCUGGAACUUGCUAGAGGAGGAGGGUUAUUUGUGUUCACUGUCAAAGACGCUAACUUUUCAACGACUGCUCCGAAUGAAAACUUAUCCAGGCUUUUCAGGCCUGCAGCACUACACCUUCAUUUCACGAUGAACUUUAUGGGUGAUUUGAGACUCUGGCGAAACCUGUUUAAUAUUUCCCUGCUGAACUCUCGGAUUAUGGAAUGCCAGUCAAGAAAAACGGAAACCGGAAAAACCACCCGAAUGAUGUUCUCAGAAGUUUAUUCCUAUUUUUGUUUUGGUAUUUAACCUUGCUUGGUGGAUUCUGUCAGUUUUAAGGUUCAUUUUUGAAGUACGGGCCUUCUCACAAUCAGGGUUCUCAGUAUUUCUUCCAACUAUAUUUUUGGGUGAAGAAAAAAUUGCAUGUAAUUAGAAUAACUAAAUUAAUCUGACUGGAUUUUGAGGUUGAUGAAAAUGUAUUUUAUGUUCCAAUUAAUGAAGUUCAAAGUAUAGCACAAGGAAUUUUUUUUUUAGUAAAUAGAUGCUUGUAGACAGCUAGGUUUGCUUGUUUGUGGAAGUUUAACCCUACUCACCGUAAGCUCUCACAGAUGUGUUCUUUUGGUUUAGGAAAUAUUCUGAAUUAGAUUUAAUAGUGGGGGGCAGUAGAGGACAAAGACUAAAGUUCAUGAGAAACAGAUUUUGGCAAUUGUACAUAUUGGAAAUCUAAUAAUAGCUGAUAUGUUAUGAAUUAAAUUACUUAAGUGAAUGAACAUUUUCAGAGGUAAUUCAGAUAUCAACAUAACCAGUAGCAAUAUGACAGAAAAUAUAAAUAAUCAUAACAGUGCCAAAAUGGAACAACCAGAGAAUACAGCAACUCCACCCACAGAUGCUUUCUCAUCGCUAUUUUCAGCAUUUUCUAUGAAAAUGUCAUUUUUGAGUCAAAGGAGUGGGACCAAGCCGAUCACAGAAACAUCAAAACAAAAGAUUGACCAAGCAAAUGCAUCGUUAACUUCUUAUCGCUCUCUCAGUCCUGACCCGGCACCUGAUGACAUUAAGGAAAAUAAUGCUGCUACUCAGUCUGAAAAGCAGGUUGUUGUUGAAGCAAAUGAAGAACAAGAAAAAAAUGAUCAAAUGCAGGAACAGCCAAUGGAGGACAAAAUUCAGAUUAAAAGUACAGAAAAACAGAAUAACGUAUCAUGUGCACCCGAGUGUGCUUUGGAGCCUCCUGGAUCUGCACAGUUAUUUGUCAAAGACUUGGAUGAAGGGAAAGUGCAUGUGAUUCUAGUACAGACAACAGAUACUGACUCAGAGGACGAAGCUCAACCGAACAAAAAACAAAUUGAUGAAUUUGAAGUUCCAUUGAUAUGUAAUGAAAAUUCAAAACGCACUUUAGAACAAGAUUUACUGAAGGACAAGGGUCCGACAUCAAGUCAGCAACAAGAAAAUAUUAAUGUAACUGAAAUGGAAGAAACAAAGAAAAUUUCUGAACCCGUAUUGUCAAAUAAGGAUUUACUCUCUCAGAUGGAGCUCAGUAAAGAUAUAAUGGAAAAUGAUAAUAAUGGCCCAGAACAGGAACAAGAUUCAUUAGAAAAGGCAGGGAAAGAUUCUGUAUUACCCAUGUCAACUGAUAAUUCUAACAAUUCCUCCAUCCAAGGUCCUCCUACACAGAUGGCGAGUGUCUUUCAAAUGCCCCCUCUAUUUAGUGGAGUGCGUUUACUGAAAAAAGGUGCGACAGGUGAAUCAAGGGGGACAAUUGCAGAGAUUAAACAGAAAGAUACUGAUUUGGCAAUGUUAAAAUUGACUCAGCCUGGUCAAAAAUCUACGGCAAAACUCCUGGCGGAAGCAUUACCAAAGAGAAAAGAUGAAGGAAGACCACUGGAGCCAAAGAAGAAUUCUGGAUUUUUGGAGCAGCUUACUCAGUUGAUCUUUGAUGUACCCCAUGUGGAAAAUAAAACGGAGAUUGUUGAUGAAUCAAAGAAUUCUGAAAAGACAAGUGAACCACCCCAAGAAGAACCACCACAAGCUGAAGCACCCAUUCAAGCUUCUAGUGAGAAUACUUUGGAAAGUUUCAAAUCUUUAUUUUCAGCCCGGUCUGUCAAAAAAGAUGCAGCUAAUUCACUGGACCUGGAAAGCCUAAAAAGGAGAAAAAAGCAAGAGGUGGACUCACUGAAAGCAAUAUUUGGAAGGCCUUUUCUGAAGCAACCUCCUGAGCAGAAAAAACAGACAGAAUCUACAGAAGGAAAUGUUGAUUUAUCUCCAUCAGAAUCUGAAGACCGAACUCCUGGACGACUUCAUGCUAUUUGGCCACCUCCCAAACCAAAGGAUGAGGAAGAAAAAGUUGGGCUAAAGUACACGGAAGCUGAAUACCAUGCUGCCAUUUUAUAUUUGAAACGAGAGCACAAAAAAGAAUUAGAGAAUUUACAGCAAGAAUUUGAGUUUAAACUUUUCCAUAUCCGUGGGGAACAUGCUGAAGCAAUAUCCAAGUUUGAAGAAACCAUUGCACAACUGAAAAAUAACUUGGAAAAUAAAACAAGAGAGGGAAAAUCUGAAACAAGAGAUGUUUCUGUUUCCACUGUUGAUGAUCUUGUGCCAAAGACAUUUCGCAAUGUUUGCAUUCAGACUGAUAGAGAAACAUUCAUGCAUCUGAACCAAGAAGACAGCAGAACAUCCAGAAGUAACCUAAGUAUCCCAGGGAAGCUGAGUCUUGCUUCCUUGAACUUGAAUGGCCAGUCAACUCAAUCCCAAAAGACGACAAAUGAUGAAUCUUCAUGGUCUUCACAAACCUCAACUUCACAAGUCUCAGAAACUCAGCCUGCUCUAUCUCCAUCAUCAGUCCCAUUGUCAGACCAUGCUCAAUGUUUGACGACACCACUCCCUGGCUCUGCACCUCCCAUUCCACCUCCUCUCCCUGGGUCUGCACCCCCCAUUCCACCUCCUCUCCCUUUCUCUGGAAUUCCUCCUCCACCUCCGCUCCCUGGCUCUGGACCUCCCCCUCCACCUCCACCCCCGCUCCCGGGCUCUGUACCUCCACCUCCACCUCCACCUCCGCUCCCUGGCUCUGUACCUCCACAUCCACCUCCACCUCCGCUCCCUGGCUCUGGACCUCCCCCUCCACCUCCGCUUCCUGGCUCCGGACCUCCACCUCCACCAUUCCCAUUUGGAAAUCCAAAUUCCACAAACUUCAGCUCGACUAAAGACAGAGAUGCAAGGAAACCUAUAGUUGAACCUCGUCUUCCAAUGAAGCCCUUAUAUUGGACAAGAAUUCAGCUAAAGGAUUCCAGAAAUGCUGAAGUGUCAACAAUUUGGGAAUCAUUGGAAGAACCUAGCAUCCAAGAUGCUGAAAAAUUUGAGGAACUCUUCUCUAAAGCAGCAAUUAAGGAAAAAAAGAAGCCUUUAUCAGACACCUAUCAAAAGACAACCAAAACAAAAAAGAUUGUAAAAUUACUAGAUGGCAAACGCUCUCAAACAGUGGGAAUACUUAUAUCAAGUCUGCAUCUAGAAAUGAAAGAUAUUCAGCAAGCUAUUUUAAAUCUGGACAACUCUGUUGUGGAUUUGGAGACACUUCAGGCCUUAUAUGACAAUAGAGCACAAGCAGAAGAGCUGGAAAACAUAACCAAAUACUAUAAAAAGUCAAAAGAGGAAGAGUUAAAAUUCCUGGAUAAGCCAGAACAGUUCUUGUACGAAUUGUCACAGAUUCCUAAUUUUGUUCAACGCACAAAUUCUAUCAUAUUCCAAUCUAAUUUUAUGGAAGGAAUCUCCACAGUCCGCCGCAAAGCAGAGAGCGUUCAACGGCUAAGCAAGAUUUUGAAAGACCAAGAAAGUGUGAAGAUUGUGCUUGGACUCGUCCUAGCCUUUGGAAAUCACAUGAAUGGUGGGAACAGAACUCGUGGCCAAGCAGAUGGAUUUGGCUUAGAAAUUCUUCCAAAGUUAAAGGAUGUCAAAAGCAGAGAUAAUCAAAUCAGUCUUGUGGAUUUUGUUGCAUCCUAUUAUUUGCACCAUUUUGACAAGGAUGCAGGAACAGACAGAAGCAUAUUUCCUUUACCAGAACCCCAGGAAUUAAUGCGAGCUUCACAAGUUAAGUUUGAGGAUCUCACAAAAGAUCUCAGGAAAUUGAAAAGAGACCUUGCAGCAUGUGAGAAAGAAACAGUUCUUGUAUGCCAACAUUCAUCAGAGCAAGAUCUCCAGCCUUUCAAAGAAAAAAUGGAAGCAUUUAUUCAAAAUGCAAAAAACGAACACAAGGUGGAAGAAGAACAUCUUGAUGAGUCAAUAAAAAGCUUUGAAGAUAUAAUAAGGUUCUUUGGGGUGAAGCCAAAAUCUGGGGAGAAAGAGGUCACUCCAAACAACAUAUUCAUGUUGUGGUUUGAGUUCUGUACGGAUUUUAAGAAUACUUGGAAAUGCGAAAGUAAACACAUCUCUAAAGAAAGGUUGAAGGAGGCUCAACAAUCAGUAAAGAAGAUAACUGCAGAAAAGAAGGUUGAAACAAAAAAAAACAACCCAAACAGCCUGAAAGAAAGACUACGCCAGAGGGAAGCAAAUGUGACCACCAAUUGAAGAGAACCAACAAGAGAAAGAAUCUAAUGACUUAAUGCUUUGUAUACAACCAGAAUUCGCGGAAUAUCUUCUUGAGGGUCACAUACAUAUCUUUGCAAUGCUGUGUUUAUAUGAAAACAAAUGAAUAGCCUUUUAAAUUUGCAUAAUAACAUAAAAGGAAUAGUAUCAUUCCAAACAACAAUUAGUAGGUGGAACAGCAAGUAUGUAUUUCACCUUACACUGGAGAAAUGUAGGCAUUUAAUUAUCCUAUGAAAACUAAGCAAAGGGGAUCCUUAAAAUUAAAGCUCAGAUGGCGGUUCUUUUGGGAAGAUGGUCUGAACCAAAACUAAGGUCUAUUGCAAUAUAUUACUGUAGAAGAUAGGCUUUAGCUGUUGAAUUGGUUUUUGUUUAAUUUAACGUGAAACAUUUGACAACACAUUAGAAUAUCUGAGGCUGCUGCAAAAUUCAGUAAUAAUCUAAACUUUGAUUUUCAUUUGUGCAUUCCUUUCCUUACUUUAUGCAUCCUCAAAAACAUGCCACAAGCUCUCUUAACCCAUUGGCUUCCUCAGCCUUCUAUCACCUGCAGAAACUUUUUUCCAACACAUUUCUCAAGAAAAUAUUUUUUAAUGCACAUCAAGUGAAUUAUGUUGCGUUUACAAACA